UGGGUCUAACAUGUUGGGCUUCCUGCUUUCCUGUGUCAUCUUUUCCGUGGGCGUCUCAUCUUCACAGGGUGAGUCUGUCUACCUGACGACCCUUGGUGGGCUGGCGUUCCACAAGGUUCGCGUGUCGGGUGAGAUGACAAACACCAACGUAAAAGCGACAUGCGAAGGACUCGGCAUGAGAUACCCGUGCUUCUACAGGGGUGGUGACCGCUGUUCCAACAGCCAGUUCUACAACACGGACUGCGUGGGGUUCGACACCGUCAGUACCAACUGCGCCACCUUCAACGUCAUCGCUUACGAGGUGUGCCCCGGUGUUGUGAACUCGUACAACUGCCCCGCACUGGAUGACGUGUUCCUGUACCGCCGGUACUGGACUUCCGGGGACGGCGCCUACGGGCUGGACCACCAGACUACCAGUUACGUGUCUGGAGCGGGCCAGUUCAACAUGUGGGCCCUCUGUACAGAUGUGGACGAGUGUUCGAGCAGUCCGUGCCUGGGGGGCGGAACGUGUGUGGACCAGAUCGGCGGCUACACCUGCGACUGUCCCAAAGGCACCGCCGGAGACAGGUGUGAGGCAGUUGUUGACGGCGGCAGUUGUUACAAGUUCUCCCCGGCCCCGUCCUCCCACUUCGCGGCGGAGAAGGCGUGUCGCGCCGAGGGCGGGCACCUGGCCGUCGUGAAGGAUCCCGGGAAACAGCGGUUCCUUAGCAACCAUAUCCCAGCAGGCAACAGUGACUCCCACUGGAUCGGCACAAAGGUCACUUCCGACAAGCUCGUCUUCAGUGACCAACCUAGCGUUUUCGACCAGGUAGCCGGUUUGGACUGGGCAGAAGAUUCUCCCGGCAUGCCCUGCGCGCUGUGCGUCCUAUUGGACAAUGCGGACGGCCACAAGGCUAAAACAACCUCCUGUAUGGAGCAACACAGCUACAUCUGUCAGUCCGAAACCGCCCCGUGUGAACACAACGUCUGUCUGCACGGCGGAAACUGCAGCUCCUGUUUCGGGGGAACAGACACCGUCUGCACAUGCCGCAGCGGCUUCGACGGAAAGUUCUGCGAGAAUCACGUGGCCAUACAGUGGUGUUCUGUUGCGUCCUGCCCGCCCGGUUGGACCUGUGAUGAUCAGCUGACUCAUUUUCUCUGCAUAGGUAAGAACGAGUUACAGACGUAA